GAAAAAUGACCUAAGCGCCUUCCAACCUUUGUGGCCUAGGGCAGAGGAGGGGGAGCAGGCUGUGAGGAACAUGGCUUUGCCUUGGAGCUGGCGGAGACAGUCUGCAAACAGAGCCCUCGUGUCACACUGCACUCACCACCACAUUGCCGUGUUCCUGCUGACCUUCUUCAGUUACUCCUUGCUCCAUGCUUCCAGGAAGACAUUUAGCAAUGUCAAGGUCAGCAUAUCCAGCCAGUGGACUCCCUCCUACUUCAACAACACAGCCCUUGAGCUCCGGCCAUACGAGCUCUGGAACUGCAACCGUUUAUUUCCAAAUGCAGAAGAAGCCACUCUCUUCUUGGGAACGUUGGACACUAUCUUCUUGUUUUCCUAUGCUGUGGGUCUCUUCGUCAGCGGCAUAGUUGGGGAUCGCCUGAAUUUACGCUGGGUUCUGUCUUUUGGCAUGUGCUCCUCUGCCUUGGUGGUAUUUUUCUUUGGCACGCUCACAGAAUGGCUGCAUUUCUACAACAAGUGGUUCUACUGCUGUCUCUGGGUUGUCAAUGGCUUGCUGCAAUCCACGGGCUGGCCCUGCGUGGUUGCAGUCAUGGGCAAUUGGUUUGGCAAGGCUGGGAGAGGUUUUGUGUUUGGACUCUGGAGUGCCUGUGCAUCUGUGGGGAAUAUCCUGGGAGCAUUCCUUGCCUCCUGUGUUCUCAAAUAUGGCUAUGAGUAUGCUUUCCUGGUGACUGCCUCGGUACAAUUUGCUGGAGGAGUYGUCGUCUUCUUUGGGCUUUUAACCUCACCAAAGGAAGUGGGCCUUCCUGAGCUUGGAACCGAUGAAGAAGGCAGUGCUGAGGAAGAUGCYAACCAACCUUUAAUGGAUGGUGACGAUGCAGAUGACGAUGACCGGAAUUACUCUAUUCAAGCAGCUGACACGGAGAGCCAGCCAAAGGCCAUUGGCUUCCUCCAGGCUUGUUGCCUUCCAGGUGUUGUUCUGUAUUCUUUGGCCUAUGCCUGCUUGAAGCUGGUGAAUUACUCAUUCUUCUUCUGGCUGCCCUUUUACCUCAGCAACAACUUUGGAUGGAAAGAAGCUGAAGCUGACCAGCUCUCAAUCUGGUAUGAUGUGGGAGGAAUCAUAGGUGGGACCAUCCAAGGUUUGAUUUCUGAUGUGCUACAGAAGAGAGCUCCAGUGCUUGCGAUGAGCCUGCUCUUUGCUGUAGGCUCUCUCUUUGGAUACAGCCGUUCUCCAAACAACAAACCUAUCAAUGCUGUGAUCAUGGCAAUUACAGGGUUUUUCAUUGGAGGCCCUUCUAAUAUGAUCAGCUCUGCGAUUUCUGCUGACCUGGGUCGUCAGGAUCUGGUCAAAGGCAGCAGCGAGGCUCUGGCAACAGUCACUGGGAUUGUGGAUGGAACUGGGAGUAUCGGUGCUGCAGUGGGCCAGUACUUAGUGUCUCUGAUCCAGGAGAACCUUGGAUGGAUGUGGGUUUUCUAUUUCUUUAUCCUAAUGACCAGCUCGACAAUCCUGUUCAUUUCACCGUUAMUAGUGAGGGAGGUGAGACUGCUGCUGCGUGAGCGGCGCGCGCGGAUGCUGCCUGGGUGACUCCUCUUUCCACCGGGCAGGCUGUCCUACGGACCUGACAGCUCAGAGACUAAGCCAAACUCUGGGAGACUUGUUUGCCACCUYCUCCAGGUCUGGACUAACUCGCAACGGCUCCAUGAGACUUGACUCGCCUGCUUUCAUGAGCUCAGCUUUGAAAAACCCAAUACUGAAAGGCCUGAGGUCAUCCACAGCAUCGAGCUGCUGCCCUGAGCUAGCCAGUGCCCAGGCCUGGUGAAGGCCGGCCACGUCCUUCCAUGUCAGCAACCACCCCGAGAUCUUCUGCUGGCGGGGGUCUCACUACUGUGCUCAUCUUUAUUUAUUUCUAGUUCUUCUGGCUGAAGGUCAGGCAUUUGAAACUGACAGCGGAGAGGCUGCCUUGCAAGGAGAUUUGGUGCUUUGCGCUGGUAAAAUCACACAGCGCAUUUCUUGGAUGGUCUAGAAAGGUCAAAAAUGAUUAUUUGGAAUCUGUGCUGUCCAGGUAUUUCAAAAAUGCUCUUGCUGAAUCUCUGCACAGAUGGACCUCUGCUCUUUUUAGCUUGUAACUGUCUUGUAUUCCAGCMGGUUCUUAUGGAGAGGUUAACUCCAUACUUGUUUUUAGCAUUUUUUUUAAUAAUAAUAUUACUAAUCUCUGGGAAGUGAGAUUUCAGUUGCAGAAUAUUUAAGUAGACAAAUAGCGUGCAAUAUUUGGAUAACACUUUACUGUGAUCCCUGAAAAUAUGCUUUAAUAGGACCUUUGUCUUUAAAGGAUCCUUGAACGGCUUUGGGGACYGGGAAUGGGACACAAAUAUUUUUACUAGUGGUUUCUUAUUGGAAAUCUGAUCAAUACUGACCAAACAUGGGCUGUUGGGUGACCCUCUGAAGGGAGCUGGGUUCACUGAUUCCAUUCCCAUCAGGAAGCCGUCCAUCUCCAGCAAAGGAGAAUCAAAAACUGAAUUAAAGGGACUUAAGGGACCUGGCAGCUCUUAGAUGGGGGCUUCCAGGAUUCAGAUGGGGACUGAAUCCUACCCUUGGGGUAGCGUAAAUAAGCAAGUGCUGCUGUCUCCCCCAUGCUUCUCAUGCCAGCAGCUGCACAGGAGAAUCCCGAGCUCYUCAUUUUUCAAACCAAGUUGCACCUUGAAAACAAAAAUAGAGGSAAGUCAGCUACAGAAACGUGACUGCAUGUCGCGUGGUAGCAGCACAGCGUUGUGCAGUCCUGUAGUAAGGAUGCCUGGCUGACACCUCUUGCACGUGUUGAUCACGUUACUGAGAUCACUGCGUAACCUCUCAGCAAAUUGUUCUCCACUUAGUUGUGGAGCGUUUCACUCUAACAGGUUUUUGAUAAAAAGACAGGAUUUCUGAUCAAAUAUUCAGUCUAGUUAAUCAGUGAUAACCUGGAGGGGAAUGGGGGAAAGGGAAACUUUUGGAACUGAAAAUUUGAUUUUUUUUAACAGGGAAAGUUGCCUUUUAGAAAUGUACAGCUUUUUUUAAUUUAUGAAUGUCAAUCUUUAGUCAUGYGAUGAUUGUACUAAGUGGAUCAUUAUUAGUGCCUUACAGAUUUUUCUGUGUUAAAAUGGUUGCUUUGUGACUGCUGCUUCUGCACCAAGAGCUCUUCGUACAGCUUUGCUUACCGGGGAACUCGGUUAUCCCRUUUUUAUACUUUCUAGAGAGUCUGUGUGUCUUGGUA